AUUUGUUUAUUUUAAAUAGUUAAAAAAAGCAUAGUUAUGUUGUUUCUGUGUGGUGUAUAAUUCUUUUACAUCCAAUAAUUUGGGUUUCAAUUUAUCAAAAUUAAUAUUUUUAAAAUAUGAGUUCCAAUAUUACUAUUGAAAACUUGUUUGAAAAAUCUAGGUUUCCACAAUCUUCUAGUGAAUUAAUUGGAGUUAUAAUUUACUUUCCAUUUGGAGUUAUUUUAGCAGUUAUUAGGGCAUUUAUUGCACUAAAUGCAUUAUGUUUAACUAUUAUCUCGAGUAAUUAUCCAAGAUUACGCAGACCGUUAUUACGAAUUAUGUGUGGAGUACUUGGAUUAAUUGUUGUAGAGAAAAAAAAUUCUGUUCCAAAAAAAAGUCAAGUGAUUGUUUCUAAUCAUUUAUCUAUUUUUGAUCAUAUUGCAUUGUAUUUAGUUACUGAUUCAUUUACGCCAACAAAGAAAUUAAGUGGAUCAAGUGCUUUGUUCUUUGGUCUUUUAUCAUUGUUAAAUAAUGAUAAUGUAGCUUCAGAAUCAAGUAUCAUAAAACAGUUUUUAUCCACUGGAAAAUCAUUAUUAUUAUUUCCUGAAGGUACCACUACUAAUGGAAAAUAUGCACUUCUUAAGUUUGCAACUUCAACUUCAAUUAUAUGUGACAAACUGCAACCAAUUGUCAUAACUAUAAAACGUCCUUAUCUUUCUAACAUAAAUUUCUCAGUAUUAGGUUGUAGUCAGUUUACUGAAAUAUUUUGGUUUUUCUUUGUUCCAUUCACUAAAUUUGAAUAUAAAAUUCUUCCUGUAGUUGAAAGAUUAAAAGAUGAUUCAAAUGAAACAAUGAUGUCAAGGGUUGAAAUAGCUAUUUCUCAAGAAUUAAAAAUAUCCACAUCUAAUUUUACUAAAAGUGACAAAGCCGAAUUUGAAAAAAAGUACUUAUUGGAACUAUCUAAUGAAAGAAAAAGAUGCAACAAGCAAUUAUCCUCAGAUAACACUGAAGAAGAUCCAGAUAUAGUGAGAAUGGCUUUGCAAGUUUCAGAUGUCUUGCCAUAUGUUCCAAAUAAUGUAAUUAUUGCUAAUCUGAAAAGAACUAGGAGUGUUGAUAUAACUAUUACAAAUAUUCUUGAUGGAACUGUGAAGUAUAUACCAUUAAAACAGCCAUCCAGAGAACAAAAACCUGUGGUUAAAAAGAUUGAGUAUAACAAUUUUGAAGUUGCAUCAUUUGUUGAAAGAAAAGCAAAAUUGAUUGAUGAAGCUAGAAAACGAUAUAUAAAGAAACACGGUCUUCAUCACUUAGUUUAACAUAUUAGAAAAAUAUAUAU